GUAGCACCAAUGAGACGAGAGCCUGAAGUCGACAAACAGGUGCAACAGGAGGACGAGUGUUUGAAGCGCUGCUCUUCUUCAUCUGCUGACACUGCUGAGAACACACACUGUGAGGAUGAUCCCGACUACGACUUCCUCCAUACUGACCUGUCGUCCUCUGAGACUCUCCCUCCUCUCCCCCCUGCCCUGCCAGAGAAGAGACGCUGCAGCACUGCAGGAACUGUCUGUCAGGCCGUGUCUUCGUUUGGCUUUGACUCUGCCCCCCACACCCAGAGCACCGCCCACUGUGAAGAUGUCAUUGGACCUGAUGAGUCAUGCUCCUCCCCUUUGUCUCCCAGUAAGACGCCCCCCCCCCUCCCUGAGAAGAAACGACACAUCCACCAGUACCUCCAGUUCUGUUCGUCCUACAGCGCUCAAUCAGCAGCCAUGUUCUACCAGCGCCCUGUGACCUUCAGUAGCAGGCAGCGAGACCUGGAGACCACCUACGGCCUCGCACGUACACACCUGGACAAACAGACGUUAGACUCCGCCCCCUCGCCUGAGCUACUUCCUGCUCCAGUUCUACCAGCAAAGAAGAGACAACAGGAUCCAGUUGGACCGGAUGAGGAGGACCAGACCAGAGACAGUUGUCACAGUCUCCAGCAGGAGGCGGAGCCUAAGAGGAGGAGCAGGGAGCAGCAGGAGGAGGUGCUACUGACCGACCGGCAGGAGAUCCUCCACAGAAUCACAAUGAAGCCUCAGGACGAGGACGGGCCGGACGUCAAAGCAGCCUCUCCUGACAUCCUAUUGGUCCACGCCACUGAGACCCCCAGCGGAGCAGAACAGGUUGUGUAUCGUGAAGCCUUCCUCUCCACCUACAGAAGCUUCAUCAGCCCCGAUGACGUCAUCACCAAACUCCAGCACAGAUACAAACAUUUGUGUGAACGACGGGACCCUGAACGCAUCACUGCUGCUAACAACAGCUUCAGACUGCUGGUUAGAGUGGUGGAGGAUCUGUGUGCCAUAGAGCUGGACUCUGAUUUGCUGCUGCUGCUGAUGGACCUGGUGUUCAGCCUCCUGAUUGGUGGAGAGCUGGGUCUGGCCCGCCUGCUGCGCUCCAACAUCCUGUCCAAGAUGGAGCAGAAGUGGCAGCUGAUUGGCUCUCCUCAGUCCCUCCGCCCCCUCGCGGCCAGGGGCGUGGCUGCCAGACCAGGAACCCUUCUGGACUUCAGGAGUCAGGAUCUAGCUGAACAGCUGACUCUGCUGGACUCUGAGCUCUUCUGCAAGAUUGAGCUUCCAGAGGUGUUGCUGUGGUCUAAAGAGCAGAAUGAAGAGAAAAGUCCAAACCUGACAGAGUUCACCCAACACUUCAACAACGUCUCCUUCUGGGUUCGUUCUGUCAUCAUUCUUCAGGAUAAAUCUCAGGACAGAGAGAAACUGCUGCUGAAGUUCCUGAAGACCAUGAAGCACCUGCGGAGGCUUAACAACUUUAACUCGUACCUGUCCAUCCUGUCUGCGCUGGACUCCGCCCCCCUGCGACGCCUGGACUGGCAGAGAAACACAGCGGAGACUCUGGAGGAGUACAGCUCUCUGAUUGACAGCUCAUCAUCUUUCAGAGCCUACAGAGCAGCUCUGGCUGAAGUGGAUCCUCCCUGUAUACCCUACCUGGGGUUAAUCCUUCAGGACUUGACCUUCGUCCACCUGGGGAAUCCUGACACGUUGAUGACAUCACAGGGAUCAAAGGUCAACUUCUCUAAACGCUGGCAGCAAUUCAACAUCCUGGACACUCUGAGGAGCUACCAGCAAGUUCCCUACAGUCUGCAGCCUAAUGAUGACAUCAUAUCGUUCUUUAAUGACUUCAGCGAUCACCUGGCAGAAGAGGCAUUGUGGGAACUCUCACUCAGGCUCCGCCCACGGAAUGCCCCACGAGCCAAUCAGAGAUGACCGAUGAAAGAGACUCAGUCUGUGCUAACAUGCAUAGCAACAAGGCUAACCUGUGCUAGUUCAAUGCUAACAUGUGGAUAUUGAGAAUUGAGGUGGCUAAACAUGAUGCUAACCUGAAUUAAACUGGUACUUAACUGGAUUAGACUGGUGCUAAUGUGUCACAUGCUGGGCUAAUCAUGGCUAACAGUUUGCUAACAUGUGCUCAUCUGGUCUAUUCCUAAAAUAACUGGCAACAACCUGAAUUUAGCUUAGGUUAGCUGAGGUUAGCCUGGAGCUAACUGGAGUUAGCCAGGUGUUAGCUGAGGUCAGCCUGAAGCUAACUGGUGUUAGCGUGGGGCCUCUUCCUGUGUACAAUUAUUCACAUUAAUAUUUCAAUAAACGUGCUCACCUGUUGACGAAUAA